AUGGCUGUGAUCCCUCCAGACUCCUGGCAGCUGCCCAACGUAUACUUGGAGACCAGCAUGGGGAUCAUCGUGCUGGAGCUGUACUGGAAGCAUGCUCCAAAGACCUGUAAAAACUUCACUGAACUGGCUCAUCGAGGUUACUACAAUGGCACCAAAUUCCACAGAAUCAUCAAAGACUUUAUGACCCAGGGAGGUGACCCAACAGGGACAGGUCGAGGUGAUGCAUCUAUCUAUGGCAAGCAGUUUGAAGAUAAACUUCAUCCAGACUUGAAAUUCACAGGGGCUGGAAUCCUUGCAACGGCCAAUGCUGGGCCAGACACCAACAGCAGCCAGUUCUUUGUGACCCUGGCUCCCACCCAGUGGCUUGAAGGCAAACACAUCAUUUUUGGCCGUGUGUGCCAGGGUGUAGGGUAUAGGAAUGGUGAAUCGGGUAGGAAUGGUGGAAACAAACUCCCAGGACUGCCCCGUGGAUGA